UUAAACGAUAUUUUAGGAUUAAGGUUUAUGGUUAAAAGGCUAUGGAGCAUGAAUCAAUCAAUAAUUUUGAACGUUAUGAAGAAGAUCUACGUAUUGUUUUAUCAGAUAUUCAUAAUUUAAUUGGAGAAAUUCGAAGUUAUCAUGAUGAGCGUAGAAAAGUAGCUAUUAGUGCAGUUGAAAGAGCUUUGGAUGAGGCAAAUGAGAUUAUUGGUCAAAUGGAGAUUGAAGUUCUUCAAAUUCCUUUAUCAUCACGUUUGCAAAAAAAAACAAAGAUACAGAAUAAGAUUGCAGAAAUAAACCGUAUACGAAAAGAAUUUGAAUCUUUUUAUCGAUAUGAACAAUAUACUGAGCCAUUUACAUUGAAUGAAGAUUUAGAAUCUCUUGAUCAAAGAAAUAGGCUUCUUAGUGGAACUCGAAAACUUGAAGAAAGUUCUGAAAGAUUAAAAAAUGCGCAACGCGUUGCAGAUGAAACGAAAGAAAUUGGAGCAAAUAUAUUGAGAGAUCUUGGAUAUCAAAGAGAGCAAAUUGUUAUGACAAAAAAUACGCUUGUUGAAGCGGAUAGUUAUGUUGAUAAGUCCAUGAGAACAUUAAAAACAAUGGCACGAAGGGUGACGACAAAUAAAUUAAUAACAUAUUUGAUUAUUUUUGUUUUGGUAUUCCUUAUAUUUGCAAUUAUAUGGAACAAAUUGAUUUAAAUAUAAUUAUUUUUGUAUAUAGGUUUUAAAUCUUUUCUUUUCAUAUUUUUAUGUUUAAUAAUUCAUUUAUACAUCAUUCAAAAAAAUGAUUAAAUU